CACCAAAAAUUCCCACUACACGAUUUUCUAAUCUCCACGCCUCCUCGGAAGCAAUCCUGGCGAGGACCACUAAUUUAUCGGCGUGAUUUUCCAUUUCCUCGGAUUGGCUCUAUUCCCUCCGAUAGCCGCCGAUCAAUAUUGCUGUUGCGUCCGACUACUCCAAUCUUUUUCUCCGACCUGCAUACUGACGAGUUCUUUUUGGAUUCUCUCACUCUCACAGCGAGCAGUGUUCAAGAGGUGCCUUCUUGUGCAAAAGGAAGCAGUAACUUGGGCCAAUUUGUUGCCUUGACCAUUUUGUCAAAACAAUGACGCGACUGAGAAUGGGAAAAGAAAUCAUGGGGAACUGAAACGAUAUGCGAAGAAACCUGGGAUGAUUAAUCAACAUUGCUCAAGAUACCUAGUAGCUUUUUGUGUUGCCAUGCACAUUUACUCCAGAUAUAUACUCUGCGUCAGUUAGAGGGAUCUUCACAACAGUCAGCUUGACAGGUUUUGAAUUCGCAGCUUCUUUUGAAAUAUUACUUCCUUUGUAUUUUUUUUAAAUUGUCUACAUUCGGCUUAUUUUUUGAGAAAGCAUAGAUAAGUCAUUCUUACUUAUGUUGUGAUGACUACAUUCGGCUUAUUUUUUUUGAAGAAUGUAAGAAUAGAUCAAGAAUAUAGCUGUUGGAAUCUGCAACUUGGAUUAGGUAUGAUAGUUGAUUAACUAUUUUAUGGACCACUUACUUUCAUCAAAUUGUCCGAAGGAAAUAUGCAAGAAUCAAUGAAGUAAUGGUGGUUUCUUUCAUUUUUAAUGCUUUUGAUUCUCUUGGAUCAUCUUGCUAUCUGCUUACCAUAAAAGAUUCAUCCCUCGCUUACUCUCUCACAACACACAGCCGCAUUAACACAAUCUUCCUGUCUCACUGUGCACAUGAAUCUUUUGCAUAGUUUAUUAUGGCGAUUUCAAAUUUUAUUUAAUAGUGGAAUGAAUCUGAAAGUGCGUCCCUUCUGAAAAUUGUUAAUGAUUUUAUUCAAUGUCUUCUUCCAAGAACUGUGCAAUUUUCUUACUUAACAUGGUAAAACUUCCCAUUGAUUUGAUAGCAUUAGUUGCGGUUUAUCUUCAUUCAUUAUUAGUUUUUUCUCAUUUUCUGAAAACUCCUAUUUAGAUUCCAGAUUUUCAUUUUAUAACAAUAUUACUGUCUUUACCAUGCUUACCAAGAUAAUGGUUCGAGGAAGAGAUGCCUGUUGGGAACACUGUGUUCUUGUUGAUGCAACAAGACAGAAGGUCAGGUGUAAUUAUUGUCAACGGGAGUUCAGUGGAGGAGUAUACAGGAUGAAAUUUCACUUGGCUCAAGUAAAAAACAAGGACAUUGUUCCCUGCACUGAAGUUCCUGCUGAUGUACGGGACCAUAUUUUGAAUAUAUUAAGCACUCCGAAGAAACAGAAGGCUCCAAAAAAACAAAAGGUGGAUCAAGUAGCUGCAGCAAAUGGUCAACAGAAUAGCUCUUCUGCUAGUGGUGGCUUUCAUCCUAACAAGGUAUCUAACGGGCAGAAUGACAGUGCAUGUCCAUCUUUAUUAAUUCCACAUCCUUCCGCAGUUGCCCAACCAUUAGUGGAUGAUCCUGAUAAGCAAAAGCAGGAUGAUGCUGAUAAAAAGAUGGCAAUAUUUUUCCUCCAUAACUGUAUUCCUUUUAGUGCAGCUAAAUCCAUGUAUUAUCAGCAGAUGGUGGAUGCUGUAGCCUCCUGUGGGGAAGGAUACAAGGGUCCGAGUUAUGAGAGAUUGAGGUCUAGUCUUUGGGAAAAAGUGAAAAGUGACAUUCACGAUCGCCAUAAGAAAUACAGAAAUAAUUGGAAAGAAACAGGAUGCACAAUCUUGUGUGAUAGCUGGUCCGAUGGCAGGACAAAAUCACUACUGGUAUUUUCUGUUGCAUGUUUGAAAGGGACACUGUUCUCUAAGCUGGUUGACGUUUCUGGUCAUGAAGAUGAUGCUACUUACUUGUUUGAAUUGAUGGAGUCUGUUGUUUUGGAGGUUGGUGUAGAAAAUGUUGUUCAGGUUAUAACUAACACCACUGCUAAUUAUGUUUAUGUUGGAAGGCUUCUCAUGUCAAAGUAUAGUUCAUUGUUUUGGUCUCCUUGUGCUGCUUAUUGUAUUGAUAAGAUGUUAGAGGACAUUGGUAGGCAAGAUUGGGUAGGUACAGUGCUGGAGGAGGCAAAGACUAUCACCCAAUAUAUUUAUAGUCAUACAUGGAUUCUGAAUAUGAUGAGAAAGUUCACUGGCGGAAGGGAAUUGAUCAGGCCAAGAAUUAAUAGAUUUGUCUCUAAUUUUCUUUCCUUGAGGUCUGUAGUGGUACAGGAGGAUAAUUUAAAGCAUAUGUUUUCACAUGCAGAGUGGUUAUCUUCCAUAUAUAGCAGACAUCCAGAUGCACAAGCUAUCAAGUCAUUGUUAUUUUUAGAUAGCUUUUGGAAAUAUGCACAUGAAGCUGUGUGUGUUUCUGAUCCCUUGAUUAAAAUCCUAAGGAUGGUUGAUGGGGACAUGCCUGCCAUGGGUUAUAUAUAUGAGGGAAUUGAGAGAACAAAGGUUCUGAUUAAGUCCUAUUAUAAGGGAAUCGAAGAGAAAUACUUGCCAAUCUGGGAUAUAAUUGAUAGGAGAUGGAACAGGCAACUUCAUUCAUCAUUACAUGCUGCAGCUGCAUUUCUUAAUCCUUCAAUCUUCUACAGUCCAAACUUCAAAAUGGAUUUGCGGAUGAGGAAUGGAUUUCAAGAAGUGAUGCUUAAGAUGGCCACUACAGAUAUAGAUAAAAUGGAAAUCACUAAAGAACAUCCUAUUUACAUCAAUGCACAAGGCGCACUCGGAACUGACUUUGCUAUCUUGGGCAGAACACUAAACGCCCCAGGUGACUGGUGGGCAGGAUAUGGUUAUGAAAUCCCCACACUUCAGAGAGCUGCAAUCCGGAUAUUAAGCCAACCCUGUAGUUCACAUUGGUGCAAGUGGAAUUGGAGCACUUUCGAGAGUAUACAUAACAAGAAACGCAACAACGUGGAGCUGGAAAAAUUCAACGAUCUGGUUUUUGUGCAGUGCAAUCUGUGGUUACAAGCCAUUUCCCAACGUAGGGAAUCAAAAUUUGGACCUAUUAUCUAUGAUGAAAUAGAUGUUGGUGGUGAAUGGUUCACUGAAAUGGAAUCUUCAUCAGGCCCUCUUUGGGAUGAUUCCUGGUUGGACGAUUUGCCUCUAGAAUGCAAAGGAAGUCCUUAGAAUUGUAAAUUAAGGGAUAAUAAAAUUGAAUGAUGUUGUAUAAUUUUGUAUAUUAUAGAGGUCGUGGUCAAAAUUCAUUUGAAUAAACAUGUAAUAGUAAUCAGGCUGCGCAGUGAGUUCUGUUUUUCCAGCAUAAUCUAUACUUUGCCUUAUUCCUUUGUAAUGAAUAAAUGCAAGGUGUUGAAAACUAGAUCGAUUA